GUCUGAUAAGUCCGAGUGGCCCUGACAGGGAGAUUCCAGCUGUGACUGGGCUAGGCCUUCCACUCCAGCUGUGAGGAGAGCUGGACAUUGGCCAGAGUUCACCUCUUGACAAGCUGCAGUCAAGAGGGGGUGGGAUGGUGGCGCUACUGAGAAUAUCCUGAGGGAGGGGGGACCCUUCUGUGCCUUCAGACCCUUAUAGGCCCUCUGGGUUCUUGUAUGCAGGGCCACUUCCACUACCAUGCCAGGGUGAGCUAGCUUCAUGCUUCUGAACCCUGACCCCCCACGCACACAUGCACGCACACUCACACACACACUAACACCACCACCACACUAGGUUUUCUGAAGGAGUUUGAGCAAAACUGCCAGGGCUCGUAGCCCGUCAGAGAGCAAUGGAGGACCAUCACCUACACUGCUUGGCCUCCUGGGAUGAGGAGGCUGGACAGAAGGGUGAUUAAAACAGGCAGAGUGGCCUGAAUGUGCAUCUCAACUUCGGUGCCAGGGUCUGGGUGGUUUGAUCAGGUGCCCUCACCUCCCUGAGCUUAGCUCUUCUCUGGGCACUGGAGGUGGCAAUGUGACUUCAUGGGACUGGAGGAGGGAAGGAGUUGAGUUUUAAGACUCACGAGUGGUAACUGCCGGAGCCCUAGAACCUGAAGGAGGGCUAGACAGUAAAGUCACAAACACAGCAGACUACCUCUGGGUCAUGGCAUACCCUCUCCCGGCUUACCCCACGCACCCAAAGCUAUGAUUUUCUUGGUCCGGAAAUGCGGUAAGCAGGCCCUGUGUGCUUCUUGCCCACACUCCUUGUUCCAGGAAGGUUUAUAUGCCCCUGAGAGAGCCCUUAAAAGCAGUGGCAAGACAUAGUGAGAACUCUGCAAGCUUGGACCCACAAAGGCCAUGUCUACGCUUCCCAACGCAAACAAGUUGACAUCCAGGAGUGUAGGGUUGUGGAAAUAUCCAGCGAGGUGGGCAGCUGAGGCCCAGGGUCCUCGAGACAGCAGUAAGGGGUGUCUCUGAGGCGGUUCUUUAGAGAGAGGUGUGUGUUGAGCAUAUCCGGGCGAAGAGCCUCACUCGGGAAUCUUCAGAAGAGCUGCCUGAGGCCACCGGAGGAACCAGCCACACCUGUUCCCACACCUACACCCUGUGCUUGACACUAAAGGAAAUGGGGGUGGAGCCCUGUGUUCCAGAGGGGCCUCUGAGGCAACAGCUCAGCACGUACAGGAGGCGUAUGCACAGUGCAGCCGCCACGAGACGCACUGGGGAGCCAGAAAUUUUUGCUUCAUGAUCAGGACUGGUGUGGCUGACAGAUUCCCUGGAGGCUCGGACAUCAAGUCUAUGAGACCAUGCCGAGUCCUGCCUGUUCCCCCUGCUCUAGAAGUGACCAAGGGGAUCCCCAGGGCAGGGCUUCUAGCUCAGAGGUGCAUCUGAUCUUGUGUAUUGUAUAGGUUCAGGGCAGAAAUACUGCACGAAGUGGGUUGGUCCCCGCUUUAGUCCCCCUUUUAAAAGAAACUAGCCCAGGGCUAACGUUCUUGAAUUCGCAGACAUGAGAAGGAGGACCUACCUGAUCCUGCCUGGCUCACUUCCCCACCCACUUUACCAGCUUUCCGGAUGGGGAACACAAGGCAGGCAAGCCUAGGGCCCCAGAACCUUCUUGGCACAGCGCAGGGCUUAGCUUCCCUCUGUGAAUCUUUCAGAGGCUUUUGUGACUAUCACCAGAAGAGAGCUGGAUUGUGUCCCCAAAACCCGACGUCUUAUGUUCCUCCUGUGGUAAUUAGCAAUGUUCCCUGGCCUUAGCCAGGGAAUGUCAUUAUGUGGUCUGGCAAGCAGGAGAAAUCCGAUUAGAGGGGCCUUACUCUCCAGGGCAUGGCAGGUGUUCCAAAUUGGCAGCCUCAUGGGCGCUCUGCCCCUGUAAUGUUCUUGGGCCCCAUCCCCAGCCCUGGGCAAAGUGGAAAAGCAACAUUCAUAGCUGCAGCCUCCAGUCAGGUCAAAAGAGAGCAAUCAUCCUCUGGGAGGAGCCCUCAGUCUCUGCAUGCUGCCCUUGGCAGGUAACCUCAAGGAAAGUGAGGCAGACCUUCUGCCCCCUGAGGUCUGCAGCCUCUUAAACCCAGCAGCCAUCUAUGCCAACAAUGAGAUCAGCCUGAGCGACGUCGAAGUCUACGGCUUUGACUACGACUACACGCUGGCCCAGUACGCAGACGCACUGCACCCUGAGAUCUUCAGUGCUGCCCGGGACAUCUUGAUAGAGCACUACAAGUAUCCUGAGGGAAUUCGGAAGUACGACUAUGACCCCAGCUUUGCCAUCCGCGGUCUCCACUACGACAUUCAGAAGAGUCUUCUGAUGAAGAUUGAUGCUUUCCAUUAUGUACAACUGGGAACAGCCUACAGGGGCCUCCAGCCUGUGCCCGAUGAUGAGGUGGUUGACCUGUACGGUGGCACCCAGCACAUCCCACUCUACCAGAUGAGCGGCUUCUACGGCAAGGGCCCUUCUAUCAAGCAAUUCAUGGACAUCUUCUCACUCCCAGAGAUGGCUCUGCUGUCUUGUGUGGUGGACUACUUUCUGGGCCACGGCCUAGAGUUUGACCAAGUACACCUCUACAAGGACGUGACGGAUGCCAUCCGGGAUGUGCAUGUGAAAGGCCUCAUGUACCAGUGGAUUGAGCAAGACAUGGAGAAGUACAUCCUGAGAGGGGAUGAAACAUUUGCGGUCCUGAGCCGCCUGGUGGCCCAUGGGAAACAGCUGUUCCUCAUUACCAACAGUCCCUUCAGCUUUGUGGACAAAGGGAUGCGGCACAUGGUGGGUCCCGAUUGGCGCCAACUCUUCGAUGUGGUCAUCGUGCAGGCAGACAAGCCCAACUUUUUCACUGACCGGCGCAAGCCUUUCCGUAAGCUUGACGAGAAGGGCUCCCUCCACUGGGACCGGAUCACUCGCUUAGAAAAGGGCAAGAUCUAUCGGCAGGGAAACCUGUUUGAUUUUCUUCGUCUGACUGAAUGGCGAGGGCCACGUGUGCUCUACUUCGGUGACCACCUUUACAGUGACCUGGCGGAUCUCAUGCUGCGGCACGGCUGGCGCACGGGAGCCAUCAUCCCUGAGCUGGAGCGCGAGAUCCGCAUCAUCAACACAGAACAGUACAUGCACUCGCUGACCUGGCAGCAGGCUCUCACGGGGCUGCUGGAACGCAUGCAGACUUAUCAGGAUGCUGAGUCACGGCAGGUGCUGGCUACCUGGAUGAAGGAGCGGCAAGAGCUGAGGUGCAUCACGAAGGCCCUGUUCAACGCUCAGUUUGGGAGCAUCUUCCGCACCUUCCACAACCCCACCUACUUCUCCAGGCGUCUCGUGCGCUUCUCUGACCUCUACAUGGCCUCUCUCAGCUGCUUGCUCAACUACAGUGUAGACUUCACGUUCUACCCACGCCGCACACCUCUGCAGCAUGAGGCGCCCCUCUGGAUGGACCAGCUGUGCACCGGCUGCAUGAAGACACCCUUUCUUGGUGACAUGGCCCACAUCCGCUGAGGGCGCUUUUAUUGUCCUGGACAAACUAUCGGCCUUUCAGCCACCCUGACAAACAAUAAAAGUAGUCUGUGUCGUCCA